AAAUGAUAUUUUGAUCGGCAAAAAUGCCGACUCAGAGGUACAAAUCUCUAACCAUUUUCUCAUUGUUUUUGUAGGCACACAAGACAAUCACAAACCUUCGCUAUAAUCGCCUCUUCUAUAUAUAAUUUCCAACGUUCCAAUGUUGCAUUUUAGCCAAAUUAGAGUCUCUUAAUUCUAGACUGUAAAUUUCUACAAUGGCUAAAAUUGUCUCUGACCCCAAAUUGUACAUUCUUCUGGUGGCUUUGACUUUGAGCUCGGCUGUGCUUGUGGUCACACUCUACCAUUGCAUCAUCAUUUGUUGCUGCAACCAUAACCGGCCACGACGACAAAUACAACACCGUUUGAGGCCUAACACGCAAGAGAUCACAAGCUUCACAGCAGCAAGCAGCAUGGAGGCUUCCUCAGUUGCCCAACUCAUUCCGGCCCACAAGUUUCAAAGGGGUGUGGGCUUGGUCUUGGUGGGAGAUGGCAUGUGUGCUGUGUGCCUGAGUGAAAUUGAAGAGGGUGAAGAAUUUCGAACCUUGCCGGAAUGCAUGCACUCGUUUCACGUUCCAUGCAUUGACAUGUGGCUGUAUUCCCAUCCGAGUUGCCCAAUUUGCCGCACAGAUGCCACGCCGCGGAAGCCUGCAGUUAAGCGCUCGCCGGAUCAUGGGUCCGGUGGGCUGGAGAGGCCUCAGGAGUCAAUAAUUUUGCAAGACAUUCUUGUUAUGCAAUCUAGCUAGGAGUAAUGCAUGAUCUUGAGGUUUGUAGAAUUGCGCUUGAUUUUGGGUGGUCUCAAUGGGCCAUAAAAUGGGCUUGGAUGCCGAAACAAAAUGGGCACCUGACAGAGUCCUGGUAAAUUUAACCAUACUCAUACCUAUAGUCCUAGGCUCCUAUAGUAAAUGCCAAUACAUAUAUCAGUUGCAUAUGGGAAGGUUACAUAUAUUUAUGAUUGUUUUAAAGUUAUUUAAAAUGUUAGGAAGACUACAUUUAUGUAUAACAUAUACUCGUACUAAAAGUAACGGUUCGUAUAUGCAUAUAAUUUUUUUUAAUGUGGUCUAUGGGCCCCAAACUUUCAAUCAUAAAACCAUAUGUAUUGAAUGCCCACUUGUUUCCAGCCAAUUUACAAUAGAGAAUUAAACUUUUUUUUUUAUUGGGUUUUAUUUUAUAUAAUUGAAACAAAUCUGCAGUCUAAAGAAAUCAAACCAUGUUUUUCUCUUUUUUUAAACUCUGACAGAUAGAAAAACAUAAUGGAUGGAUAUGUAGUUGUACUGGAGAAUAAUUAUAUU